AAAUCCUAUUCUCUGCUGAAUUAUUGAUGAUCAGACAUUGGCCUGGAAACAUUUUAGUGGCUCAAAAGCUAGUGUAGAGCAAAGGACGUUUUCAUCUGCUGAAUCUGUGACCAUUUGCUCAACAUGGACUUAGAGAAACCUGCCGAUGAAUUGAUUUUUUUUGUGAAUGGUAAAAAGAUAUUAGAGAAAAAUGCCGAUCCACAGAUGACGUUAUUGACUUAUCUACGCAGAAGAUUAAGGUUACCUGGAACCAAACUCGGCUGUGGGGAAGGAGGAUGUGGAGCUUGUACUGUAAUGGUCUCGAGAUACAAUCGAUUCAAAGGGAAGAUUGAACAUUAUUCGGUUAACGCGUGCUUGGCACCGGUAUGUUCUUUGCACCAUGCCGCCGUGACAACGGUCGAAGGUAUUGGGAGCACAAAGACAAGACUUCACCCUGUGCAGGAGCGUAUUGCGAAAAGCCAUGGCUCCCAAUGCGGGUUUUGCACGCCUGGGAUUGUGAUGUCGAUGUACUGCUUGCUCCGAAACAAUAACCAGCCGAGAAUUGGGGAGAUUGAAGCUGCCUUUCAAGGCAAUCUGUGUCGCUGUACAGGGUACCGACCCAUACUCCAAGGCUUUAAGACUUUUACAAAGGGAGGAUGUUGCGGCAAAACUAUGGUGAACGGCUGCUGUAAGAACGGUAAAGAUGACAAUGCGGUAGGAUGUUAUGGGAAAACGUCAGAGAAUGGUUGCUGUAUGAACGGGAAAGAUGAUCACGAGUUACAAAAGUCGUCAGAGCUCUAUGAUCCAUCUGAUUUCAGACCAUUGGAUCCAACACAAGAAGCAAUAUUUCCUCCGGAAUUAAUGAUACAAAAAUCGGUGCCACAGAAACAGGUUUAUUUUAAAGGAGAUGGCGUGACCUGGUAUCAGCCGUCCAAUCUCAGCGAGCUCCUGGCCCUCAAAUCCAAAUAUCCUGAAGCAAAACUUGUGGUGGGAAACACUGAAGUGGGCAUUGAAGUAAAGUUUAAAAAUAUGCGGUACCCAGUGAUAAUUGCACCUGGAUGGGUCAAAGAAUUAAAUACAAUUGAGUACACACAGGAAGGUAUUUAUUUUGGAGCAGCCUGCAGUUUGACCACUAUGGGUGACACUCUUAAGAAAGCCGUAUCGGAACUCCCCGCAUAUAAAACAGAAGUCUUCAAAGCGGUCUUGGAACAACUGAGGUGGUUUGCUGGAGAGCAGAUCCGUAAUGUUGCCGCCGUGGGGGGAAAUAUAAUGACAGCAAGCCCGAUUUCUGAUCUCAACCCUGUUUUUAUGGCGAGUGGAAGCAAACUGCAUCUAAUCAGUCAUGAAAGUAAAAGGACUGUCUGUAUGGAUGAAAACUUUUAUACGGGCUAUAGAAAAACCAUGUUAAAACCUCAGGAAAUUCUACUCGCCAUUGAGAUUCCAUAUUCGAAAAAGUGGGAAUAUUUCUCAGCUUUCAAACAAGCUACACGACGCGAUGAUGACAUAGCCAUCGUCACCAGUGGAAUGAGAGUCCUUUUCAAUGCUGACAGUCAUCGUGUUGAGGAGAUUCAGUUGAGCUAUGGAGGGAUGGCUCCUGUCACUGUCCUGGCACAAAACACUUGCAAGGAACUGGUUGGAAGGGAGUGGGAUGACUGCUUGCUGCAGGAUGCCUGCCAGUCUCUCGCCAAGGAGAUGUCUCUCUCCCCCAGUGCUCCUGGUGGCAUGGUGGAGUUCCGUCACACUCUCACCCUUAGCUUCUUCUUUAAGUUCUACCUCACUGUACUGAAGAAACUGGCACUGGAUGUAAAAGGGACUAUCGAUGUUGAGAAAAUUCCUCAGAAAUAUGAAAGUGCUAUCGAACUGUUCCACCAACCAUACCCAACCGGUGUACAGCUGUAUCAGGAUGUUCCGGAAGGACAGGCCUCGGAGGAUUUUGUGGGACGUCCGUUGAUGCAUCUUUCAGCAUUGAAACAGGCGACAGGAGAGGCUGUCUAUUGUGAGGAUAUUCCCCACUAUGAAAACGAACUCUACUUAGGCCUGAUACUGAGCACCAAAGCACACGCUAAGAUCAUCUCCAUUGACACAGCUGAAGCCGAGCAUUCUCCGGGGGUUGUCCGCCUGCUGUUUGCUAAAGACGUUACUGGGAGCAAUAUCACUGGAAUUGGACAUGAUGAGACUGUAUUUGCCGAUGGUGUGGUGACCUGUGUUGGACACAUUAUAGGUGGAGUGGUCGCCGACACUCAGAUGAACGCACAGAGGGCAGCGAAGGCGGUGAAGGUUUUAUAUGAAGACCUCCCAUCUAUUAUAACUAUACAGCAAGCGAUUGAAAAGGAAUCCUAUUAUCAGCCAAUCAAGCAGAUGGGAAACGGAGACCUCCAGUGUGGAUUUCAGGAAGCUGAUCAUAUCCACGAAGGUGAGAUUUAUAUCGGGGGCCAAGAACACUUCUACCUAGAAACAAACUGUACUAUCGCAGUGCCCAAAGGAGAGGACGGGGAAAUGGAGCUAUUUGUCUCAACGCAGAAUACAACCAAGACACAGUCGUUUGCUGCAGAUGCCAUUGGCGUCCCGUCCAGUAGGAUUGUGGUUCGAGUUAAGAGAAUGGGUGGAGGGUUUGGAGGAAAGGAGUCCCGGAGUACCAUUCUAUCAACUGCAGCGGCUGUGGCUGCGCACACGACUGGUCGGCCAGUGAGAUGUAUGUUGGAUCGAGAUGAAGACAUGCUUAUAACGGGUGGACGACACCCCUACCUCGGACGCUAUAAGGUUGGAUUCAUGAAAAGUGGGAAAGUGACUGCUUUAGAGGUAUCUUUCUACUCAAAUGCUGGCAACACGUUGGAUCUCUCGGAAGCGGUAAUGGAUAGAACUUUAUUUCACAUGACCAAUUCCUACAGAAUUCCAAACAUUCGAGGCACGGGAUACGUUUGUAGGACUAACUUACCUUCUAACACGGCAUUCCGCGGCUUCGGGGGACCUCAGGGGAUGAUGAUUGCAGAAUGUUGGAUGAAUGACGUUGCCCAGAUAUGUAGUUUACCACCAGAAGAUGUGAGAAAGUUGAACUUGUUCAAUGAGGGAGACCUGACCCAUUACAAUCAAAAGUUGGACGGUUUCACUGUACACAGGUGCUGGGACGAAUGUCUGAAAACCUCUGACUAUCACAAGAGGAAGCUUUCAAUAGAAGAGUUUAACAGGCAGCACCGCUGGAAGAAGAGAGGUAUUGCCAUUACUCCCACAAUGUUCGGAAUAAGUUUCACUCUUACCUUACUGAACCAGGCCGGAGCGUUGGUCCAUGUGUACACGGAUGGGUCCGUUUUGCUUACUCACGGGGGGACUGAAAUGGGUCAGGGACUUCACACCAAGAUGAUCCAGGUCGCCAGCAAAACUUUGAAAAUACCAACUUCAAAAGUAUUUAUAAGUGAGACGAGCACCAAUACGGUCCCCAAUACAUCUCCUACUGCUGCAUCGGCCAGCUCUGACCUCAACGGGAUGGCGAUUUAUAAUGCUUGUCAGAAACUCCUGAAACGGUUGGAACCUUAUAAACUGUCAAAACCUUCUGGGACAUGGGAGGACUGGGUAAUGGCUGCUUACGUGGACAGAGUGAGUCUCUCAGCCUCAGGAUUUUAUAAAACCCCUGGAAUUGGAUAUGACCCUGUUAAAAAUGAGGGUAACCCCAGUAAUUAUUUUAGCUAUGGUGUGGCCUGCUCUGAAGUGGAGAUUGACUGUUUAACUGGAGAUCAUAAGAACCUGCGUACACACAUAGUAAUGGACGUAGGCACCAGCCUUAACCCUGCUAUAGAUAUAGGACAGAUCGAAGGUGCCUUUGUCCAGGGUCUGGGCCUUUUCACUUUAGAAGAAAUGAAGUACUCCUCGGAUGGGUUUCUGUACACGCGAGGCCCUGGCAUGUAUAAAAUUCCAUCCUUCGGUGACAUUCCCACUGAAUUCAAUGUAUCUCUGUUACGCGACUGCCCAAACAGCAAAGCAAUUUAUUCCUCCAAGGCUGUUGGAGAACCUCCACUUUUCUUGUCGGCCUCAGUAUUUUUCGCGAUAAAGGACGCCAUUACAUCAGCAAGGCUGGAGGCAGGUAUUACUGGGCUGUUUCGACUGGACAGCCCGGCCACGCCGGAGAGAAUCCGCAAUGCCUGUAUCGAUAACUUCACUAAACUGUGUCCAGUUCUGGAACCAGGAACCUUUAAGCCAUGGGCUGUUCAAGUGUGACAGAGAAAUCUAACAUGCGCCAUCCUUCCAAGCCAAGGGCUUUCAAUGACUACCAAUAUAUAUUUCUAUUGUAGUGGUCACCUAUAAUUUAGAACUCCAGAAAUCCUGGAUUUCAUGUUUUCUGGAUUGACCAUAGCUGGAGUACAGAGGAAAAUCUAAGUUUUACAAUAAACACAUUUUCAUUGAAGAACUGCUAAGGCUACUUGGAAUAUUGUACAAUAUAUAAAGGGCGUCCAACCGGCAACACAUGGGCCAGAUAGUGCACAAAAUACGUUUUCUUAAACUCUUUCUGCUUGCAAAAUCAAUGUUCUGUCCUAGAGUUCCCUAGGGUUUAAACCACGUGGAUUUUGAAUGGUGUACAGCUCAUCCAAUUAAAACGUGAACUGCACUUAAUACUUUCACUUCUAACCUAGAUGAUCGUAUACUCAUUUUUGUUUCCUGUUUUUUUUAAUAACCUGUAAAUGUGGAACAAGAGCUCAUUCCUUGCACCAUAAUCACUACAGUGUAAUGUAGCAUUCAUGAUGUAUCUAUAGGGGUUUCUUGCCUGACAUCUCCCAUCCAGGGGGGGUUUAUUCCGACUGCCAACAUUAAAAAGGAAAAUAAAGGAAAAUGUACUAUACAACGAGUUAGGAUGUGUCCCUACAUGGGCAUUGCCCUGCAAAUAGUUGUAAAAUGAUUGAUAUUUGUUAAACACACUUUGACAUCUGGUAAUUGGAAGAAUCUGUUUAAUGUGAUUUUAAUAUAGUUGAAUGUUUACAUGUGAUGCUUAUUCCUAAUGUAUUAAAAUGUCUCCUGAAACCAGACAUCCAAAAAUAAAAUAAAUUCAUUUCUGAACUGCAA